ACUCUAUCACUGUCUCCUUUCUCCGACCCGAUACCCUCCGUUUCCGCUCUGCAAUUAACUCGGCAGCUCACUCUCAUCUCAAUUAUGCACUCACAGUGACUCUACAAUCGUUUUUUUUUAAAAUAUAUAUUUCCAAAUUUCGAUUCGAAAAAUCUUUAAAAAAUUUUAAAAACGUUAAUUGAAAAUGUCUUUAUUAUCUGGAUUACACUUUUAUCGGAGAAUUCCUUGUUUUUCUAUUCAAUUAAAUCGUUAUAGCUAUUCUUUAUGCUCCUCUCUGUUGUUGAAUCCGAAUUCCAGAACUCAGUGGUUCAGCACCGGAGCUGGCUCGGCGACUCAGACCGAGUUCCCUGGAGAGAACGCGUACGAUAUCUUAGGUGUUGCCGAGACCAGUUCGUUCGCUGAAAUCAAAGCUUCGUUUCGCAAGUUGGCGAAAGAAACUCAUCCGGACCUUGCUGAUUCCAAGAACGAUUCAUCUGCGUCUUCGAACAGUUUCAUUCGGAUCCUCGCUGCUUACGAGAUUCUUUCGGAUUCGGAGAAGAGGGCACAUUAUGACAACUAUUUGCUAUCUCAGAGAAUGGUUAUGCAGAAACAUUCUAGACAAGGUUCGACGUUGUACACAUACACAUCCCAUAUGACAAUUAAUAAGCAGAUGGAAGUUGUUGAAUGGUUAAAGUGGUAUAGAUUAACUAUUAAUGAUAUAGUGUCUCAAAGGAAAGCCGUUGUUGGAACUGGCUAUUUUGAUGUUCUUGAAGCAGAUUUUUAUUCUGCGAUACAAACAGCAUAUUACGGUCCUGUAAUUGAAUCCAUGAAUCUUCUUCCUGAUCGAUUUGAAGCUGAAGAAAGGUCUGUGUAUGAAACUACAGAGGUGCUGCACUUGGUUUCAGGGCGGGAUCUUUUUGGGAUGGUUUGCUUGGUUGAUAGGGUUCCUGAGUUAUCUUUUAACUAUAAGGAGAAACUGACUUCUUCUAUGUCUUCAACUUCAAUGAUGUCUCAGUCUACCCAAAAUUCUAGAAUUUGCAUGAAUGACAAACGAGACAUUCGUGGUGGAAACUCUCAGAUUCGAGUAACUGAUAUUAAAAACCAUGUGGCAGAUGCAUAUCGAGACUUGGAGUUGCAUGUAUCUGGGAGGGUAGUAGCUGUGGCCACCAGAAUCCCUCCUAAAAGCUGUUCUGGUGAAACACAAAAUGAGGAUGUUGAAGACUGCAUACAAGUUUUUCUUACUUCAGAUGAUGAUUCCAUGCCUUCAAGCCAAGGAUUGAAUCGUAAAGUUGGAUCCCAAGUUCUGCUGGGAACAAUAACUGGACUUGGAACCAGCCCAGAAGAGGGAUCAUGUUUUGUUUACAACAGCAAUGGUUCAAAAACCCAUGUGAUAAUGAAACAUAGGACCUUGCUGGUGAAGCAUAUGCACUGGUAUCGGGCAGGAGAGGAAGUUUCUGUUUGUGAGUGUAGAUGUAGCAGGGCUCGAUUACCACCAAGCAAAUUUUGGUUGUUUGAACCACGUUGUGGAAUGCAUGACAUUGGUGGUUGGUACAUCGAAACUUUUGGCAGAGAUAAGAAAGGCAGGACAGUCCCGUCACAAAGAUAUUGGGAUGGGUUUGAUACAACCAAACAAUUUGAGGAGAGACUGCAUCCAGCUAUGUAUUUGCUCGCCCUUGCAUAUAGGACACUCGAUAUUGAAGAUACAAAGAUAAGGAAGCAAACCAUCUGGAAAUUUGUUGAAGGAAAGCUAUUUAGUAUCCUCAGUUUGUACAAGAAGUUUGUUUAGGAUGAUUACCUCUUUGGGCUAGUGAAGGCUAGAUGUGCUUUAUCUUUCACGAAGGUACUGAUGUUUCGUUUGUUUUUUGGCUUGAGGAUUGGUUGCAAGUAUGCUUUAUACUUGAUUGAGGAGCAUCAAGCAAAAGUCACACUAGCAAAUUUCUUGGUACAAAAUGGUCGAGGGGUUCGACUUGAUGAAUCCUAUGAGCUGAUUCCUUUUGAGGUCAAAAACAAAUAGCUGCUUGUUUUGCAUUCGACAUUCAAUUGAUCCGAGCAUAGUGAAACGCUAUGUGGGUAAUGGGAUCUUCAGAAUAUAUAUAUCAUCCUGUUUUGCUAUUAUUUCAUGAAAGCUCUCAUUUGGACAUAUGAAGAAAAUGAUUCUUUAAGUAGAUAAGACGAUUCAAAUGAUCUUUUCAAAUAAACUGUUCAUACCUGCUCGGACUAUCGUCAAGCCUUUCAGACCAUUUGGACUUCUCAGCCUUCACCAUAACAUUCCUCGAAUCCUCCAUCUGUUGCCGAGAUCACGAAGAGAAGAAACUGCUCAUGCUCAUUGUGCUUUUUACCUGUUAGUUGGAUCAGAUGGAAGCAAAAGAGAACUGGUGGCAUCAUGUCCAAGGUAUAUACUCUCUCCUAUGCAGCUCUAUCUUUGGUUUAUGUUUCACUAUGUAUAAUUUGUCAAAAUAAGCUACUAGUUUAGAUACAAGUGUGGCUCAUUCUGCUUAGCCAUUAAAUUUCUCUACUCUUUAUCUAGAGUGUAUAUAUAUAUAUAUGAACAGAUAUGCUAACUAAUCUAUUUGGAUUCUGCUUCUUUCUA